CGUCGGCAAGACUGACUGACAUGCACUUCUGCUCACUAAAGUACGCUCCAUUAAGUUCGCCACCCACAACUCCAAUCUCAAACAGCAAACUCAAACUCAACAACAUAAUGCCCCGGCAAGCCAACUUUCGGGCUACGUACUACAAGAGCCUCGGCGUGCAGGGGAAGGAGGUCGAGGCGACGUUCGCCUCGCUCCUCGGCGAAGCGCAGCCCAGCAUCAGCCUCGUCGAGAACCUCUCGCAGCUCAUCCACAUGACGCUCGAGUUUGGCGUGCCCAUGAAUUACCGACCGACGAUGUGGUGCUUGGUGGGCGGCGUGCUUCCGCUCGUGCGCGACGUCGACGCCGACACGUGGAGCUUUGUGCGAAGAGAGAAGCGCGUCAUGUUCGCCGACGUGCAGAUGGCGCUCCGCGUACACAGCAGCGCGACCGACCUUCCAGCGCUCGUGGCUUUUUACAUGGCGCACAUCCGCGUCCACCUCGCCGAUGCGAUGCCGCUGACGUGGGUCAUGGACGACCCGCAGGUGACGGCCGGCGUCAUGCAUGCGAUAUGUCAGGUGCUCAACGACCCGAUGGAGCAGUUUUGGUGCGCGAUCACGUUCCUGGAGCUCAUCGACCGAGGUACGAUGAUGAUGCGUCAAGCGUAUGGUCUGAGCAUGUGCGUAGGGCUCGCGGACCUCCGGCCGGUGAUUGACGUGGCCGAACUGUACCACAUUUCACCGUUGGGCCUCGAGACCAUUGUGUUUCGCAUCUGCGCCGCCAAGCCCGACGCCGCCAAAGUCGAAAACUCAUAACUUAUCGUGAAUACCAUCAAAUGCAAGCGUGUCCUAGACCAUGAUCGUUGCG